ACGGAGAUGCAAUAAAAGGAGGGGAAAGCUUACAACAGAAACUAUUUUCUCACAAAAAAUGUCACCAGGUCGCUCUGAAGUUUUCCAUUUAACUUGCAUAAAAUGAUGUAAAAAUGAAAUCUUCUUUUGGUGUUUUUUGAAUAAUGGUGAAAAGACAAGAAUUGAUAUUAAUUCAGGUGAACAGCUGGUUGGAGGGAGUGUUUGGGGAUCAGCCAGUGCCAUCAUUUGAGGUGAACACCAGGACAUUGGACAUACUGUAUCAGCUGGCUCAGUCCAGUGAAGCCCGCUGCAGUGAUACUGCUCUCCUCAUUGAAGACUACAAGCAGAAAACAUCAGAGUAUCAGGCUGACGCUGCUCACCUUGAGGAUGUUCUUCUGCACGGUGUCGGCUUGUCUGGGGCAAGCUUGUCAGAGCCGACUGCAAACUACGUGUCUGCUUUAGUGGACAAUGCUAUGGUGGGAGUGAAAGACACAUCACUGACCAGCUUCAUGCCAGCAAUCAACAAUCUCACCGAUGAUCUUCUGGAAGUCGAGAAGUCAAACAGAAAACUCGAAAGGGAACUAAGGGCACUCCAAAAAAGACUCGGUUCAAUUCUGGUGCUGCGGGGAAACCUACAAGAGGAUAUCGACAAAACUACCAAAUCUCAAGCAGUGGAGAGUGCAAAAGAAGAGGAGAGGCUGCUCAACAUGGACUUUGUGACGGCCAAGACUCAAGAGCUCCGUAUCAGACAGCAGAGGUUGGAGGCUCAGCUUGUAUCCAGGAACAUGGACAAGUCUAUCACCCACCAGGCCAUUGUGCAGCUUUCUGAGGAACUCAGGGCACUGCAAAACGAAAUAAUCCCCCUGAAAAAGAAGCUGGGGUCGUACAUGGACCUGAGUCCGAGCCCAUCUCUUGCACAAGUGAAGAUAGAAGAAGCAAAAAGAGAACUAGUUGCACUCGAUUCCAAACUGGAGACAAUGAAGGCUAUAAAUGAAGUUGGAUGUUGCGCAGUCCUUUCUUUAAAAAUAAAGUUUUUGCAGUCAUAUUUUUUCUUCUUCUUUUCUACCUUUACCUGCCUUCAUCAUUAAUGUUAAAUGAAAAGUGGUUUGAGGUAUUUUGGGUCACCUGAAAGGAUACUUCUUGCUUCUUUCCUCCUUAGCUUUGGAACCUUAUUUAAAUAUAGGUUAAAUAUUUCAGAGAUUUUGGACACUCCUAAAAAGCUCACAGAGUAUCCCUAUUAGUUCAUACACCUUGAACAUUUUUAUAUUGUACAACCUGCAUAACUAACUUAUUUUGUUUUGUAUGUUUACCAACAAAAACAUUGUUUGCAUGCUUGUCAGUGUCUAGAAAUGGGUAAAAUUUUCUGAUAUGAUUUUUAGCUUUUUUAUUUUAUGAUAAAAUAAUAUACUGCUAAUGUGUACCUGAAUGUUUAGUCUCUCUCCACGCCUUCCUGUUUGUUUCAAACAUCUGCAACACUAAUGCAAUGUUUGGCUUUUCCUCUCUGAUCGCAGCAAUCUAAUUAAGGGGUUGGUCUUAAGAGUUGUAAAAAAUAGUUCUCACAGAUUAUAUCCAAACAACUUUCAAUCUGUGUGGACAACCUCAUCAAAUGCAAGUUCUUUGUUUUGUUUUUGUAAAUGUAUUUUUGUCCAGCUGCUUAUCAUUUCUCAGCCCUUCUGGGAUCCAAAUAAGUUUUCCUCUUCCAUACUUCUUGGAUUUUCUUCUCAAAACCUCAGUAUUUUUUACACCCAUUUGCUUUAAUGUAAUUUCUUCAAUGUCUGGCCAACAAGUCUAAAGGUAAAGGAAACCUUUAGAGAUUCACAAUAAAAUGGUACUGGCUUUGGA